GAAAUUAGGUAAGAUGUAGGGGUCCGAAUACAAUACACACCACCUAUAUGCAUAAACUCUCUCUCUCUCUCUCUACAAUUGGACCCAAACUUCAGAACAGCAACAAUUGCAGCACCAAAAGUGUCGUUUGCAUCGUGUUCUUGCUAACCCAAAACCCCCUUUAUUAUUCACCCCUGUUCCCCAAUAGUAUUAUUAUCAUAUUUUCCUUCAAUUAAACGUCAUUCCCAUAUCAAAUUCCAGCUAUUUGAGUAAUAAUUCGAGCUUAAAUAGCUAAAUCUCAUCUGGGUUUAUCGUAAUUAUGGAGAAAAAACAAGGGUUUUUCUCUACAUUGAAAGAAGAAGUAGUAAGAGGGUUAUCUCCAAGAAGAUCAAGAAACAGAACGCCUAAACCGGGUCGGAGCCGAAGUGGGUCACCGAGUUCGGGUCUUCUUAGUCGGAGGAAUAGGAAAGGGCAUUAUCCGGGUCAACCCGAACUGGUUUUGGCAAGAUCCGGGAGUUUGAGGCCGGUGGAAGCUUUGUCUCCGCUCCGGGAGGGUCCGGAUCCGAAUGACCCGGUUGUUGAAGUUGUUGGAGACUCUUCAAAAGUUGAGAGAUUGGGGCAUUGGAUGAUGGGUCGGGUUCGGGCUCCAGGUUCGGGUUCUGGGUCGGGUUUGAGUCCGGGUCAACGGUCGGAUCUGAGAUUGUUGCUUGGUGUCUUGGGUGCGCCGCUUGCUCCGGUGCACGUUAGCAACUUGGAACCUUUUCCUCAUCUUAGUAUCAAAGACACUCCCAUUGAAACUUCAUCUGCACAAUACAUACUGCAGCAAUACCUGGCGGCAUCCGGCGGUCAGAAGCUGCAGAACUCGAUCCACAACGCUUAUGCCAUGGGGAAAGUGAAAAUGUUGGCGUUUGAUAUAGAGACAGCUACAAAGGUUAUUAAAAAUAGAAAUUCAUCAAAGACCGCAGAGUCUGGUAGUUUUGUGUUGUGGCAGAUGAACCCCGAUAUGUGGUAUGUCGAGCUUGCACUUGGUGCAAGCAAGGUUCAUGCUGGUUGCAAUGGGCGGCUCGUGUGGCGGCACACACCCUGGCUUGGUGCUCAUGCCGCUAAAGGCCCGGUUAGACCCUUGCGUCGUGCUCUUCAGGGUCUGGACCCACGAACCACUGCAAGCAUGUUCGCAAACGCAAGAUGCACAGGCGAGAAAAAAAUCAACGAUGAGGACUGUUUCAUCCUCAAACUAUGCGCGGACCCACACACGUUAAAAGCUAGAAGCGAGGGGCCCGCAGAGAUUAUCAGACACGUUCUAUUCGGUUACUUCAGCCAGAAAACCGGGCUCUUAAUCCACCUAGAAGACUCUCAUCUGACCCGAAUUCAAACCAACGGUGGCGAUGCAGUUUACUGGGAGACCACAAUCAAUUCGUUUCUUGACGAUUACAGGCCCGUUGAAGGGAUCAUGAUUGCUCACUCGGGUCGAUCGGUUGUAACCCUUUUCAGGUUCGGUGAAACCGCUAUGAGCCAUACUAAGACCCGCAUGCAAGAGGCUUGGACCAUUGAAGAAGUGGCUUUUAACGUUCCCGGGCUUUCGAUUGAUUGCUUUAUCCCACCAGCUGAGUUACGGUUCGGGGACGUGAGCGAUGCAUCUGAGUAUUCUCAAGAAGGCCGGGUUAAAACUGCUGCGAUGGCAGCUGCGGCUUAUCGGGCUAAAGUCGGGGCAUUAGAACGAUCACGCGACGGGCUGGGUCAUAAUGUCGGGUUGAAGAGGGAUGUAUGAAAAGAUAUAUGAAAAGAAUCGGUGGGAUCGGAUACUAAUAGGGAUAGAUUUGACUUUUAAAAUGCAAUAGAAACUCCUGAUUUUGAGUAAGUUUUCUUGAAUCUGUUAAUAUUUCUAAGGAUUAUCAUCUUUUGAGCCUUUGAUUUCUGUUUCAGUCAAGAGUUAUGUAUUUGCAUCAUAUCUUAGUUAAAAGUGGUGUUAGGGUUAGAAAGAGAUUUGACCCAUGUAAAGUCUUGUUUUGGAGAUUGACAUUUAAUAUCUUAUUAUCUUUGUACAAUACAUAAGUUCUUUUUAAGUUCAAUGUUUUUAGUUUUGUUA